AUGGCUUGCUUUAAACUUCCUACUUCACUCUGUCACGAACUUGAGAGCAUGAUUUGUAGAUUCUUUUGGGGGAAAAGGGGAGAUAACAGGAAGAUCCACUGGGUGAAGUGGUUGGAACUCUGCAAGUCAAAGACACAGGGUGGUAUAGGGUUUAAAGAUCUGUCUUUAUUCAAUGAUGCACUCUUGGCUAAACAAACUUGGCGGUUGCUUCAUGACAAGUCAUCUUUGUUCUAUCUUGUUUUCAAUGCAAAGUUCUUCCCUGAUACUUCGAUUAUAGAGGCCAAAAUUCCAGCCAACUCUUCAUAUGCUUGGAAGAGUAUUAUGAAGGGUAGGGAUGUGGUCAAACGAGGGGCUAAUGGAGGAUAG